GGUACUUCUUCUAAAAAAGGGAGAAUUUUAUCAGUGCGUGGAUUAAUUUAUCGAUUGGAAGACUUAUCUUUAGCGAAUUCUUUAUUUUGCGAUAUACCGGACCUGGGCAGAACAUAAGAUUCGAUAAGGACCUUGCCUGUGCUUCCUCUCAUCACGUUGUGGUCACGUCUCACGCGCUCGAUGCGUUUGUUUACGGAGAAGCACCACAAGGGUUAACGGAGAAUCUGCAGACUGGUUUAUCAAUUUCGCAGUGAUUAAAGUUAUAUUCCGCUAAAUAGAAAACUUCAAAGUGUCGUCUUCGAGUCCCUCAAACGGAAGCAAAUUUGGAAUUGCACUGCAACCGGUUGGACGACGAGUGCAACGUCACACCGUCCCCCGGGUUUUACAAUUCCAGCAAACACGCAACGGCAGUGCGUGAUGUGGUAAAUUUUCGCAUAAGAAAGUGUGCUCCACCUUUGAACCUAUCAAUUUUGGGCCCUAACCCAACGACUCCAACCAUGUCGGCGGUGGUUCUCGAGCUACAGAACCUCUAUCAGCGGUACGUGAAAUGGGUAUCGACCAACCCAGGGAGUUUGGGAGAUGUUGAACUCACGGCCAAAUGGCUUUCGUACUUUAUCGCCGGCAAAAUCAACAACUCUUCCGCCGUCUCGGAGCUGGUCUACUCGCUAUCGAAUUUACUGGUAUUCGCCAACGAUCGAAUCAUCGAGCGGGCCCACCGGACAGUGGCCGACGAUUCGCAGGAACCAAUCGAACGUCGCAUCAAAGUGUUGCUCACAACGCUCGAAUACUGCGAGGUUUUUAUCGAGCUAUCGGCACACAAGAUCUGGGGUACCAAGGGAAAAUGGUUUAUCAUCUGUGUUAUCCAGUUGAUAAAGUGCUUAGGACGACUAGUGCUAACCAGCUGCUAUUCCAGUACCAAGAUUGUGACGAAUCCACCGAUUCCGGCUCUAAAUCGAAAAACGGUAUCGCAACAAUCUUCCGCUGGCAAUGAAUCUUUCAACGCCAAUCUUAGGAACGGAGCCAUCGUUCUGAAACGAUCCGGUCGCGUGAUGCGAAAGGUCGAAUGUUCUCCUUCGCUAGCGUCGCGCUCCUGGAAACCACCUCUGAGCGCAAACGAGAUCAGUCCGAUCCUCGGUACACAGUACGGUGGCAAGCAGCUCAUGUCCGCGGAACUGGUGUACAUUCUGAAACCGCUCAUUCACCUCGGCUGUAUGCAUCGGUACGGGACGAAGAGCUGGAAAGCAUACCUUGUGGCACUGGCACUGGACGGUAUCAGUCUGCGCAAGUACUACAACAACCGGCAGGCUCUGUCGAAGGAACAGCGUGUUGAGCUUUCGCGAAGGUGUGUGUCGCUGCUACUAUACUUGAUGCGAUCACCAUUCUACGAUCGUUACACACAUGACAAGAUCGCUUGCCUGCUCAACGGUAUCGGCAACAAUGUACCGCUGACCGGCAGCAUCGCACGGUUAAUACUCUCGUACAUUCCGCACUGGCAGGAGACCUACUUCUACAUGUGGUCCUCAUAGGGAUGCCGCUCGGUGCGGCAAUAUAGCUGUAAGAUGGUGUACGGACAUAACGUGAUUGCUUGUUAUCGGUUAGUGCAGUGGGAGCCUUCGAGGGAUUGCUACGGGGACAUUAUGCUUCUAUUGAAUAAUAAACGUUGUUUACCAAUUGA